AUGCGUGUCGACUACCAGCAUGAUCAUCUUUUCUCACUAACAGAUACUGCCGAACAUGAUCGGAGAAGGAAACUACUAGGCCCUGGGUUCUACGGAACAGAAUGUUCCUAUGAAAUAUGUAUCAAUGAGCGUCUUGAAGAAUUACUUCUUCUUAUUAGGUCAAAAUACUUGUCCUCCAACUUGAAGAUGGUGCCAGUGGACAUCGCAGCAAAGGUUCAGUAUUUUACCCAAGACGUUAUCGCUACCAUUACUUUUGGCAAGUCCUUUGAGAUGGUCCAAAAGGACACUGAUACAAAUGACUACAUCAAAUCCAUAAAAGAGGGGUUCCUAACCGCCAACAUUCUGGUUGCCUUCGGGCUUGCGAAAAUUUCUCAGUCGUCACUCAUCGGCCCAGCUCUAACUCCUGUAGCCGUUGAAGAGACUGGGUAUGGAAAACUACUUGCAGUCUCCACCAAACUUAUAAAAGAGCGCGAGGCAAAUCCUCACGAAAAACCAGAGGAUAUGCUCGACUCAUUUAUUCGGCAUGGUGUAAAAGGUGAUGCCCUGCGGUCCGAGGUUCUCGACACUCUAGUCAUCGGGUCCUUCGGACCUGCCUACUCUAUCUGCUCAGUGAUUCUACACACCUUAGCAAAUCAGGGCGUUCUUACCAAACUCCGGUGCGAGAUUAAUGAGGCAGUUGCUACAGGUAAGGCGCCCCGGAUAGGCGAGGGGCCUAUCAGCUUUGCCCAGGCCAAGCAACUUCCAUACCUGCAAGCCGUGAUUCGCGAGUCACAACGAAUGCUACCGCCUGUAAUUGGCCUUUUCCCUCGCGACAUCCCUGCUGGGGGAGACAUUGUCACUGUGGCCGGCAAGACUAUAUUCCUGCCUGGAGGUGCAUAUAUUGGACGAUCGGUGUAUAGCAUGUUCCAUUGUGAAGAAACUUACGGUCAUGACGCCGAUAAUUUCCGCCCAGAGCGCUGGUUUGAAGCUGAAGACGCGAAGCUUGCAAAUAUGGUUCGUGUAAACGAACUUAUUUUCAACCACGGAAAAUACCAAUGUAUGGGAAAGGUGAUCGCUCAGACGGAAAUAGCGAAAGCCGUGUUUGAGCUACUACGAGAAUUCGAUUUUGACGUUGUUAGUCGAGACAAAGACCCCUGGAAGACAGUUGAUAUGUUUGGAAUUUGCGGGGUGUCAGAUUUUUGGGUACAUGUAAAGAGCAUUGAAUAA